GUUUUGUGUUUGUGGGUAUCAAAAUUUUUAAUAAAAGACCAAUUGUUUUCUGUUUAUAAGUAUCAAAGUUUUUUGGCAGUUUUUUUUCUUUUCUAUGGGAUUGAUCUGUAAAGAUUAAAUUUUUAGUUGUUUUGACUGAUGAAGAAAAUAGUGUGACUGAUUUUUGAGAGUUCUUGGGCAUUUUUUUGGAUUUAUUGAAGUGUUUAGUUUAAGAUUUUAGUAAUGGAGUCAAGAAUGGAACAUUAUGAGAUCAUGGAACAGAUUGGGCGUGGAGCAUUUGGUGCUGCUAUUUUAGUUAAUCACAAGCAAGAAAGAAAGAAGUAUGUGCUCAAGAAGAUUCGAUUAGCUCGACAAACUGAACGUUGCAGGAGAUCUGCUCAUCAAGAGAUGGCACUGAUCGCUCGUCUUCAACAUCCAUAUAUUGUUGAGUUCAAGGAAGCAUGGGUAGAGAAGGGCUGCUAUGUUUGCAUUGUUACCAGCUAUUGCGAAGGUGGUGAUAUGUAA